UCAAUUUCAACAUUAUUUCAAUAUAAAUAAUUUAAAAAAAAUCAUUUGUAUUUGUUAUUCUUUAUAAAAAAUCCAAAAUAAUUUUCAAAAUAAUUUAUUUAAAUAUAUACGUAAGACAAUGUUAUAGCCUAUAAUUGAAUUAUUAACAUGUUCUUUACAAAAGUUUGUUGUGCUGCGGAGUUGACGAAUAGUUGUAAAUCAUUACUUCUACAACAGAGCCAUAGACCUAAUUAUGCUUGUCUACAACUUCGCAACUCAUUCCACAAAUCGCGCCGGGGUGUCCGUGGGCAGCGCUUAGAACCUGACCCCCUUGCCCAACUGCACAUUGAGUCUGGGCCAUUGAAUGCCAAAGGGUUAUUAAAACCUUUUCUGUUCACAAUUGGAAUAUCAACAGUGAGUGUUGUGGGGUGUGUAAUCUGGGAAUAUGAAACUCUACGAGCUCAUACAUCAUCUCUACUCCGCAGGCCUAGCGCCUGGUUAAAUGCACAGCAAAAGAAAAUAGCACAGUUUAAAUCUGAGCCAGGACCAGUAAGAAAAUGGUGGAAUUCAUUAAAAGACAAUGAAAAGGUCUUUUAUCCUAUUCUUGCUGCAAAUUUGUUGGUGUUUGGUGCAUGGCGUCUUAGAGCACUACAACCUUAUAUGGUCAAGUACUUCUGUUCAAACCCUGCAGGAAGUUCAAAAUGUUUGCCUAUGGUUCUGUCAACAUUCAGCCACUAUUCAGCCUUGCACCUGGCGGCAAAUAUGUAUGUCCUCUAUAGUUUUAUGCCAGCUGCUGUUGCAUCAUUAGGCAAGGAGCAAUUUGUAGCCAUGUACAUGAGUGCAGGUGUAAUUAGUAGCUUCUCUAGUUUCCUCUACAAAGUGGUUUUGAAUCAGCCUGGUCUUAGUCUUGGUGCGUCAGGUGCAAUCAUGGCAGUACUGUCAUAUGUAUGCGUGCAGUAUCCUGACACCAAGCUCAGUAUAAUAUUCCUGCCUAUGUAUACAUUUGCCGCUGGAACGGCAAUAAAAGCAAUAAUGAGUGUGGAUCUAGCUGGAGUAGUGUUUGGAUGGAAAUUUUUCGACCAUGCUGCACAUCUCGGAGGUGCUUUAUUUGGAAUCGCUUGGUGCGAGUGGGGCGGCACACACAUUUGGGCAAAUAGAGACAAAUUUGUUCAGUAUUAUCACGCUCUACGGAAAAAUGACACGAGCAGGUAGUACCUAACAUGACGGAGUGAACACUACGCCAGACGGUUAAUAUAAUGUAACUACAAAUAUUAAAUUG